CUGCACUAUGGGACCCUCAUGGGCAGCAGAGCUUGUGUCCAAAUGGCAGCAGCUGCCUGGGGCACUGGUUUUCUCAAUGCUCUCCUGCACACUGCUAACACAUUUUCCAUACCACUCUGCCAAGGCAACACAGUGGAGCAGUUCUUCUGUGAAAUCCCCCAGAUCAUCAAGCUCUCCUGCUCAGACUCCUACCUCAGGGAAGUCAGGCUUCUUGUGGUUAGUGCCUGUUUAGGCUUUGGGUGUUUCAUUUUCAUUGUGGUGUCCUACGUGCAGAUCUUCACUGCUGUGCUGAGGAUCCCCUCUGAGCAGGGCCAGCACAAAGCCUUUUCCAUGUGCCUCCCUCACCUGGCCGUGGUCUCCCUGUUUCUCAGCACUGGCAUGUUUGCCUACCUGAAGACCCCCUCCCUCUCCUCCCCAGCUCUGGAUCUGGUGGUGGCUGUUCUGUACUCGGUGGUGCCUCCAGGGUUGGGAUCUGGUGUAAUGGAUCACAACUUUCACCUCCUCAAGAUAGUUCGAGUCAAUGACUCCUGCAACGAUGUCUACUCCCCAGAGAGCUAA